GCCGCCAUGUUGCGGAGCGGCGGGGCCGGCGGGCGCUGACGGAGGAGGCGGAGCGGGGCCGGGCCGGAGGCAGCGGCGGCACCGCGACCGGGCAGGUGACUAAUUACUGCUUGGAGUUCGCAAACACAAAUUCCUGAGCCUGCUGGUGUCCCCAGCCAGCUUCCCAGCAUGGACCAGGACUAUGAGAGACGUCUCCUACGCCAAAUCAACAUACAGAAUGAAAACACAAUGCCUUGUGUAGCAGAGAUGAGAAGAACCCUGACACCUUCCAAUUCCCCAAUGUCUUCUCCUAGUAAGCAUGGUGACAGAUUCAUUCCCUCAAGAGCUGGGGCCAACUGGAGCAUUAACUUCCACAGAAUAAAUGAAAAUGAAAAAUCACCAAGCCAAAACAGAAAAGCAAAGGAUGCUACAUCAGACAAUGGCAAAGAUGGCCUGGCCUACUCUGCCCUGCUGAAGAAUGAACUCUUGGGAGCAGGGAUCGAGAAGGUGCAGGACCCUCAGACAGAGGACAGGAGGCUGCAGCCAUCCACCCCAGAGAAGAAGUCUCUCUUCACUUACUCGCUCAGCACAAAACGCUCCAGCCCUGACGAUGGCAACGAGGUCUCACCCUAUUCCCUGUCUCCUGUCAGCAACAAAAGUCAGAAGCUGCUAAGAUCACCUCGGAAACCAACUCGGAAAAUCUCCAAGAUUCCUUUCAAAGUGCUGGAUGCCCCAGAGCUGCAGGAUGACUUCUACCUGAACCUGGUGGACUGGUCCUCUCUUAAUGUCCUCAGUGUUGGUCUUGGGACUUGUGUUUACCUGUGGAGUGCUUGUACAAGUCAGGUGACCCGGCUGUGCGACCUCUCUGUGGAAGGAGAUUCUGUGACAUCCGUGGGCUGGUCAGAACGGGGGAACUUGGUGGCUGUUGGCACUCACAAGGGCUUUGUACAGAUCUGGGAUGCAGCUGCAGGAAAGAAGCUCUCCAUGCUGGAGGGGCACACGGCCAGAGUCGGUGCCCUGGCAUGGAAUGCAGACCAGCUCUCCUCAGGGAGCCGGGACAGGAUGAUCCUGCAGCGGGACAUCCGCACCCCACCCCUGCAGUCCGAGCGCCGGCUCCAGGGGCACAGGCAGGAGGUCUGUGGGCUCAAAUGGUCCACGGAUCACCAGCUCCUGGCCUCCGGAGGGAAUGAUAAUAAGCUCCUCGUCUGGAAUCACUCCAGCCUGAGCCCUGUGCAACAAUACACAGAGCAUCUGGCAGCAGUCAAAGCCAUCGCCUGGUCCCCGCACCAGCACGGGCUGCUGGCCUCGGGCGGGGGCACAGCCGACCGCUGCAUCCGCUUCUGGAACACGCUCACGGGGCAGCCCCUGCAGUGCAUCGACACCGGCUCCCAGGUGUGCAACCUGGCCUGGUCCAAACACGCCAACGAGCUGGUGAGCACUCAUGGAUACUCACAGAACCAGAUCCUGGUCUGGAAAUACCCCUCGUUAACCCAAGUAGCAAAGCUCACGGGGCACUCCUACCGAGUGCUGUAUCUGGCGAUGUCCCCUGACGGGGAGGCCAUUGUCACAGGAGCCGGGGACGAGACCUUGCGCUUCUGGAACGUCUUCAGUAAAACUCGCUCCACAAAGGAGUCUGUGUCCGUGCUUAACCUCUUCACCAGGAUACGAUAAACCCUCUCCCUGCACCCCAGGAACCUACAGCCUGACAUUCCAGGAUCAGACCACUCCCUCGGCCUGCAUGGACCCCCGGAGCCCAGCCGAGGGGAGGGAGAGCUGAGGGACUGGAGGAGGACCCAGCUCAAUAAAUACGUGCUUGUGAUCCACGCUGGGCAGUAUUGGGGAUGGGGUGGGGAGGGGAGGGAACUGCCAAAGGUUUGUGGAUUCAUCUUUCAUAAAGGGAAACGGGUACAAGAGAAAUGUUAACCCAGCAUCCUCCAGCCCUCCGGAUGGAACCGGGGAGGACUCGUGUGACAUGGACCACUGAGACCGGACUGAGGCCAUCCCCACGGCCGUGCUGUCCCUCCUGGGAGAGAGGAGCAUAUCCUUGCCGCUGUGGGAAGGGGUUUGACGUGCUGCUCUGGGUCCCUGUGUCCUUGGUGACAUCUCUGGAGGCAGGAGCCAGCCAGACUGGGCCGGAACCACUGGUGCAAGUGGACACGGCUCCAGCUGGGCAUCGAAGGGCUUUGUUCAUAGCCUGGCAUCCCCAUUCCAGGAAGAAACUGGAGAACUGCCUAUUUUCCUUUGUUUUUUUCUUUAUUUUUUCACCCAGACAGGUACUGUAGUACUUGACAUAAUCAUUCCCAUAAGACAGCUUGAUUUUUCUGGCGUGCUUGGCAGCUGCCUCUGAACAAACACGUUUUGGGGCUCUAAACUUUGGAGGAGACUUGGAAAAGCUUCACCUCCGAGGGAGCAGAUUCGGGAAGUUCUGCAGGUGCUCUUGCAUGUUCUGGGCUGAUCCUGUGAGUUACCAGAGAGGAGAAACAAGGACUGUAUAAAAAAAGAAACCCAAUCCCCCCGUGCAUGUGGAGCUUCCCCCAGUGCCUUGCUCCAGAGUCUCCCUGAGGCCAGAAGCAGUUGGGAUAUGUUUGAGAGCCAAAACAACUCCUGAGGAUCUGAUUGUUGGGGCGAGCAGGGCCUCUUCUGGCUGGAAGAGGGGUUCUAAAGCAGGGCUGCAUUGUUGCUUUUUGCUGUCUCCAAGUCCCAGCCAGGGCCCUGCUGUCAGAUUUUGGGGUGUGGUUUUUAGGUCAUGUGGGACGAGAGUUCGGCUGGUGUUGGAGCCCGUGGGGUGACACAAAUGCUUGUGUGUGUGAGUGUUGCUUUUAAUUUAAGAGGAGCUGUGAGGCUGCACAGCCUGUCCUGUCUGACGUGUGUAUGUGCCUGCCCUGCCUGCCUCCUGCCCUUUCCCAGCACUGCUUCCUGUUCCCGUGUGGAAUUCCCUGGCUGUGUAUAUAGACCUUGCCCUCUCUCUGUAGAUUACGUAGGUAAUGCUUUCCUCUCUUUCUUUGUUGAUUUUCCUCCCCUCCCUUCUUUCCCUAAAACCAGGCAGUAGGAAUAUGAUUGCCUUUCCCCAGUACCACCAGUAUCCUUAGGGUGAGCUGGUACAGCCUCUUCACCACAGCCUUGACCACACGUGCCAUCCAUCACACCAGUGCCUGGAUCAGGCUCUUGGUGCUGCCCCUGUGUUGCAGCUGCUGGAGGCACUGGUGAGGAGCUGGUGUGCUGGGAGCCCCCCACACAGCCUGGCAGCUCUGAGUCUCCCAGGCCCACAACCCACCUUGUCAUUUCAUAGUCUUACUUGCCACCAGAAUGGAUUUUCCAUGGAAUUUCUCAAACACAGUUUGAACACAACUGCUUUAGUGUAGCUCUGGCUGUGGGAUUUGGGGCUUGGUGUGAAGUGACACCCACCCCCCCCAGCCUCUCUCGUGUUGCUUGUUCCUUUCACAGGCACUGUUCCACAUCACUGUGGGUUGGGAGCACCCAGGAGGUGUUAAAUUGAGUCAGAUCAUUAAGUUGGGGAGUGGGUUUGAAGGAAAGGGUCGCCUGCAGCAAGAGGUGGUCUGUCAUGGGUGUCAUCACCUGGGAGUAGGGCUGUGCACAGGGGGGCUGGGGGGCUGGUGGCUGUGCUGUGGAUUUUCCUGUCUCUUGUGCAUUGCCUCCUGCCAAAAUCCCACUGUGCAGACCUCCAGGACACUGCUUUCUCCUCUGGGAAGGAGUAUUCGCUUGGGAUGGGGGCACACAGGAGAUCUCAGCCUGGUUUGUGCCCGUGCUGGAGCAGGAGAGAGUUGGGUCCCAGCUGGAGCACAGGGUGGGAGUGAUGCUGGUGGGGCUCCCCAGUGUUCCAGGGCUCCUGCAGGGAUGGGUUUGCCUCUCAGCCUGUGAUGGGGGAGCUUCCCAAGGAGCCCCAGGAGCUGCUGGGGUGGGGGCCGGUGCCAGGUGGGCACUGCAGUCUCUGCCCAGUGCUCCCAGCUGCGCCCCAGGAUGCUGCAAAGCAGGGACACCCCCUUGUCACUGUCCCCCACCAUUGUCCUCUCUGGCCAGGGUCUUUCCCAAACUAUGUCUUGCUUCCACGUCCCGCUUUUCUCUGCCUUGGGAGCAGGAUGGCUCGUGGUGGCUUCUCUCAUUGCACUUGGCAGCGAGGGCUGGUGAUUCCCAGGCCAGGGCUGUUCUGUGGCCACACGUGUUGCCCUCGUAGCACGGCGAGAACAGGCUGCUCACCCUGCCCUGGCUGCCAGAGCCCGGCACAGCCACCCUCCCUCCCCUGCUCCCAGGUACCGAGGCAGGAUGGAGCUCCCAGUCGUGUCCGUGUGCGGGUGGGUGUGUGUGGGUGUGUGUGUGUGCAGAUGACACUGUGACACUGUCACUGGCUGAGGCUUCAGCAGGGAAAAGGGCAGAGCUGAGGUGGUGUGUUUGGGUGUGACCUGUGAGCGCUGACCCGGGCACAGGAUCCUCCCGUGCCGGUGACAGAGUCCGCAGCCUUGUGGCGUCGUCGUAUCCCAGGUGUCAUAUGGUGGAAAAAAACAUGGAGUGUGCUGUAACUUUUCCAUGUAAAGCAAUCGAACUGGCAUUAAAGAGGUUGUGAAUUUAUUGGGA